AUGGAAGAUAUAGGAGUGAAUCUAUCGCCAGAUCGUGUACUCGUGCACCCGGGAGCACUUGCGAACGUUCUCUUUAAUGAUCCAACAUUCGACGUGGAUCGCUUCAAAUUGGGUGACUAUCCGAAUAAGCUGGAGAUGGAGCAAUUAGCCAGACAAGCGACGCGAGUAUUACUGCGGCAGGGUGUAAAGGGAACCAAUCUGCCUAUUAAUUUGGCAUUUUUACGCCGAUGCCUAGCCAUUUUGGAUGAGGAAUAUGUCGCUCAAACUGACGCUCCAAAUGUAACCACUCAAUCAACAGGAGAUGCAAGCUCCACGCAGCCCAGUACACCUCAUAAAACAUUUAAAUUCAAAGCAAUGGAAAUGGAUAAUCGUUCCCACUGA